AUGGCCCUCAUUCGCCACCGUUGUUGCCCUAACCUCCCCCAUCUGGAGCUCUCUGAGCGACGCCCCAUUUUCUCUCUCCCCUCCACCGCCACUAUCAAACCUUCCAAUGACGAUGCCAUCACCAUUGCUGACCUUGAAAAGCUCGCUAUCCUUGGCUAUGGUAAUGGCGGCACUGUCUACAAGGUUUGCCAUAAAGCCACCUCUGCCACCUUUGCACUGAAGAUUAUCCGUAGCAACAUUGACAUCAACACGCGCCGUCGUGCCCUUACAGAAAUCUCAAUCCUUCGUCGUGCCACCGACUGCCCCAAUGUGGUUCGUUUCCAUGGUUGCUUCGAGAAGCCCAUUGGAGAACUGGCGAUCCUCAUGGAGUACAUGGACGGUGGCAGCCUUGAGACUGCCCUUGCCACCCACGGCAAGUUCUCCGAGGAGAAACUUUUCUUAGUGGCUCGUAGCAUCCUCAAUGGCCUUGCGUAUCUCCAUGCACACAACAUCGUUCAUCGCGACAUUAAGCCAGGAAAUAUCCUUGUAAACACCAAGGGUGAGGUGAAAAUUGCAGACUUUGGAGUAAGUAAACUCAUGAAUCACACCUUCGAAAUGUGUUACUCUUAUGUUGGUACAAACGCUUACAUGAGUCCUGAACGGUUCAACCCAGAUGCUUAUGGAGGGAGUUAUAAUGGUUUUGCUGCGGAUAUAUGGAGUUUUGGUUUAACCCUUUUUGAACUCUUCGUUGGUCACUUUCCAUUUCUUGAACCGGGUCAACGACCCAAUUGGGCCACCCUCGUGUGUGGCAUUUGCUUCAAUGACCCACCGACCAUGCCGGAGACUGCGUCACCGGAGCUUCGCAACUUCAUCGCGUGUUGCCUGAAAAAGGAGCCUAGUGAGAGGUGGUCAACAACUCAACUCUUAAAUCAUCCGUUUAUGUGCAAAGACUUCAUAACUUGUUGA